UAGCUGGAUACUUUUUGAGUCGUUUUUGCAGGGUUUUGAGUUAACACUCUUGACAGGCCUCACACACAACCACAGAACCACAAGCGUGGUGCAACCUACAUUUUAGACGAGCACCUGAACCUCAACGGACAAUUUUUUUAACAAGUUGCCACCAGACAACAUCCCGGCCAAGUCUGCACAACAUUCUUCAACAGUGGCGCAAACCACAAAAGGUUCUAGCAUCGGCGUGCUCAAUAAAGCCAUGGCGUCCAAUAGCAUAUUCGACUCCUUCUCAAACUAUUCGUCGGGAUUCUUGCGUGACCCGACCACCACGAGAAGGUUUACACCGCCUUCGACGUCCUUCCCGUGCAGUAAGAUAGGCGAAAGCACCGGGCCGAUGGGCACGCCCGGCCCGGUAAGGACUCGACCGGAGACGCGCUCUGUGGUGGAAGUUCUGGCCGACCACGCCGGCGAGCUGGUCCGGACCGACAGCCCGAACUUCCUCUGCUCUGUGUUGCCUUCGCACUGGAGAUGUAACAAAACUCUACCUGUGGCCUUUAAGGUGGUGUCUCUCGGGGAUGUUCCUGAUGGGACGCUGGUGACGGUGAUGGCAGGCAACGACGAGAACUACUCGGCGGAACUCAGAAACGCAUCGGCUGUGAUGAAAAACCAAGUGGCCAGAUUCAACGACCUCCGGUUCGUGGGACGGAGUGGACGAGGGAAGAGCUUUACUCUCACAAUCACUGUCUUCACCAGUCCUCCUCAAGUGGCUACUUAUCACAGAGCAAUUAAAGUGACCGUUGAUGGACCUAGAGAGCCAAGACGACACCGGCAGAAGCUGGAAGACCAGCAGAAACCCACAAUCUUCUCUGACCGGCUGAGCGAACUGGAGAGGAUCCAGAGGGCCAGCUUGGCCAACAUGCGCGUUGGGACCACCAACACCAACCAGCGGACGACCCACCAGGGUCACUUCAGCCCUCCAACACAAGCUCUGUGGACUGAACAAAUUGACCCUCCCAGUUUACCUUUAAAAACAUGCAAGGUGGAAGAUGAUCUGAGAUGGUCAGGGACCUCCGACAUCUUCUCCAACCCCCGGCAGUUCCCCUCACUGUCGACCCUCGCAGACCCCCGGUUCUCGGACCCCCGCAUGCACUACCCGGGCUUCACCUACUCCGCCAGCCCCUCCAGCACCGGCAUCGGGGGCAUCAGCAUGACCAGCAUGUCGGCGUCCUCCCGGUACCACACGUACCUGCCUCCUCCCUAUCCGGGCCCCUCUCAGAACCAGAGCGGGCCCUUCCAGACCAACUCCUCUCCCUACCACCUGUACUACGGCACGGGCUCGGGCUCCUACCAGUUCUCCAUGGUCACCGCCGGUGGCGAGCGGUCCCCGACCAGAAUGCUGCCCUCCUGCACCAGCGCCACGACGGGCAACAACCUCAUGAAUACAAACCUGACGAGCCACAGUGACGGCAUCGAGGCCGACGGUAGCCAUAGCAACUCCCCGACAACAAUGACCACCCCAGGGAGGAUGGACGAGACCGUGUGGCGGCCGUACUAGAGGAACAAGAGUUUGGAGCAGCGAAAAAAAAAAAAGAAAAGAGAGGAAAAAAAAAACUUACCGCAUGUGUGACUGUACUUUGUCAUUUCGCAUUUUACAUCUUUUUUUAGCUUUAUCCAUUGAAACCUGACCAAAGACUUCUGCCUUUUCGGACUCGCUGGCCGCAUUCGAGCUACGCGCCUGCCAGAUGUUUGAGGCUUUGUAAGAAAAACACAACAACAGCCGCCACGAGCAAGACUCUUAUUUGACAGGCUCUCAGAUCUCGCUUCUGAAGAAUUUGCUCCUUCGAGACUCGGAGAACAAAAACAAAAAAAGGCCAUGAGAAGAAAGUGUGCCUCAAGUUCAGUAAAGGAGUACGUGAAACUAAAAUGUACAUAUUGAUCGUGUGUAAUGAUAUAACCAAAGAUGAUUGUUUCUUUUAUUCUAUGAUUGAAAAGCUGGAUUGUGGAAAAAAAACCACAAACCGUUUCUCACCUUCUGCCUUCAGACUAACUUUUCAAUCAGGGCUACUGAUCCUCUCCCUUCGCCGUUCACAGUUUUAACCCUGUAAUCAGGCACAACCAGACAAGCAGAGCAUCUUAUGAACGGUCUUCGGUUUUAAAAAGAACACAGUUAGAUUUCCCCCCAGCAAGUGCCUGAAACUUGCCUCUGGUCACUUCCAAAAUGAUUGGCAAGGUUUUCUGAUACCUUAAAAAGAGCUGCUGUUUUUUUCUUUAAAGCGAAGCUUUGAUCAAUACCAUGCAAUCACAUCAGGGGAAAUCACAUUUGAGUCACGCUGGGUAGAUGGAAGACAAGCUAUACAAACUGCCUUGUACUUAUAAACGCGAUUCCCAAAGACCUUUCAGGGAUCUCACUUAAGUUGUCAAGCCUGUGGUGAUGUACAUAAUCAUUGCAAAGUCUUUGGAUAUGUGCAAUCAUUAAAAAAUAAGUGUUGGAGAGACACCUUUAAAUUUCCAAAAUAUUUAACAACUCUCUAAAAAACCCUAGAAAUCUAUUGCUCAUAUCCUGUCUCUGAAAAGAAUGUAGGUUGUAUUAUAUCUUCUGAAGCAGCUUAAAUUCACCGUAAAACACAACAAGAGACAAGGGCUUAGGUGUGUCACCACCCUAACUAUGAGCGCCCCAACAUUAAGCUUAAAUCAUAAUGUGUGUGUGAGAGAGAGGCUGUAACGUAAUUGUACAAAUAGGUUUGGUAAGUUGUAUUGUCCAUUAAACAUUUUUAAUCUUCAGAGGUGUAAACAGUGCAAUUUUAUUUGCGCCCAAACUGGUAAAGCCAAGAACAGACAUUGAUAUUUCUAUUUAAUAAUUCAUCUCUCAGCAUUUCAAUAAUAAUGGACAAUUCUGAAAUGCAUGAUGAAUAGGUGCAGUGUUUAUUUUAAAAUCAGAGAUGACUUCUUCUUUGAUAAAUUCUUAAUGUUAUUAUUUGGGGCAUUUUACUAUUGUGAGCUCGAUUUGUUUAAACUGGACAUUUAUAUAUAUAUUUUUAUUUAUUUGAGAAGAAAUGUGCACUUAAAAUGUGUUUCUGGGUCUAAGAUUUUGAAGGUGUCUCUAUUUGGAGAUAAAUUAGAAUUUGGGCUACUGUAAUAUAUUUCAGAUUAAUUAAAAAAAAAGAAAAAAAGUUGCUUGUUUUCCAUUUCAGCUCACAUGCACUAAAAAUGCUGAUCAUUUAGCAAUUAGAAAGAGCAAAACUAGAAUCACAACACAAGCUCUUCCUCGGUUCAGUCAGCAUAGAUUAAAAAAGUAAGAUUUUGCUCCUUAUUUUCAGCUGAAUAGCUAGAGAUAUGUUCCGGUAGAUUGUGUGUAAUUUCUUGUGAUUAUAUGCUGGUCCAAAGUAUCAUUCAUCACUCUGUGUUUUAUCAGAAUGAUCCCUGAAGUUGCCAAAAUAUAUUUUGCUUUGCACUAUAAUUUGCUUACAAUUUUUUCUAAGCACAUGUUCUCGGAAGGCAAUGUCUGACAUAGGUGGUGUUUAGGAAAGGAUUUGAUUUACUUUAGAAAGCUACACAAUUAUACCCCAUUCCAAUUUAAAUCCACUUGAGACUGGUAGAGUUAAAAGGCAGCAAUGAAUAAAAUCCUUGCACUCGGAUUGAGUAUUAGCUCCAUGAUUGCUUUAAUUUUUAAAAUCCAUUUUUUUUCUCUUCCUUCCCAGCAACAGAAUUGCACAAAAUCUCUCUGGGAGUUGCACAAAGCCGUGAUUGCACAGUAAAUUGCCAAUACUGCUGCCUUGUGUUGUGAGUGCACUAUAACAAAGUCAAGUGUCUGAACCAGUACAUUGCAGUUUACAGUGUUCGGUUUCAGACCAUCCGGUAAGAUACCUCUAUACUGUAGGGGUCGCACUGCACAUUCAUAACACACUACAAAUACCUUGCUUUCCAUUUUGUGAACUAGAAACUCCUCUUGUGAAAGCCUUUCUGUGCUGAUUGAUAAUGCUCAGAAGCUGAUGGAAAAAAACAGUGGGCUGCAUUCUUGAUCAAUGUCCCAAAGAGAGCCGUCGUGGUGUGGUAUAUACUGUUACGCAAAGUCUUGAGACCUUCACACCCCUGUGAGAUGGGGCUGCAUGUCCUGUAUAACCCUUAAUAAUUUGAAGCCUUUCCGUCUUUCUCUUGUUCUGUUUUUUGUAAUUUAUUUAUUUUGCGGGGGGGGAGCUGGAGGCUCACCGCCACAUUAAUAUAUAUGUACAGAUUCUAUAUGAAUGAUGCAGUAGCACUUAUCCAGGGGUGUCGGGUUACACAUUUUAAGCAUUUUGUUAUUGUACACAUUUGCCUUUCAUGAGAGAGAUUUGAGCAGCGGGACAGUUGUAACACAGAAACAGGCCACGGCUGGUGGCUGUGUGUGGUUCGUAGAUUUUAUUGUUCUUGCUUGACUGUGUGCAGGUUGGGGUGGGGGGGGUGACAAGUUUUGUGCUGUUAUGACUUGCUGCAGGCAGAGACCCAGUAGACUUAACAUAAUGGCUCAGUCCAAUCUGAAAACGGUCGCUUUCUCGAACCCCUCUUUGAGGAGAAAAAUAAAGGCCAAAUUCUCUUGUUUUACUCAGGAAAUACAAAGGCAGGACGUGUGGUCAGAGGUACCCUGUCCUCAAUUCGACAGACAAUCAUGCCUGUUCUUUUCAGAGAUUCGGAAACUAUGCAAGCGUACUACAGCCAUUCCCAUCUUUGAGAUAUGCAAAGAGUGAAGCUUUUCCUUAUUAUGGAUUAUGAGGACGAAGCAGUGCAACAACAACGUAAAUUUAAACUAAAUUUUAAUCCCAUUUCUUUUUUUCUGCCUUGAGACAUGCAACAUGAAUGCUUUUGUGUUUGUCCUCUAGUAGAGGAAACAGAAACAUUUCAUAGCCUUUUAUUUGGUGGAAAGCUAGAUUGGCUGCAAAUAAUGACCAAUCAGAAUAUAUCAACUGCCUUCUCUGCAGCUGGAAAUGGUUGAAAGCACAAUAGAUUUUUUUUCUUUUAAAGAAAGAAAACUUCCUUAUCUUCAUUUUGUCUGGUUUUUGCUAUUACCUUAUGCUAAAAGCAUCAAAAUCGUGUUUGUUUAUUUAAAUUUGUUCUAUGUAAAUUGCUAUUUCGUCGAUGUAAUAUACAAACUCCUGAUAUUAAAUGCUUGUGAUACAUGCAUUGUGUGAAUGAUGUAGUUUUUAAAGCAACAUAAUUAAAACUAUUUGAGCUCAUGCUGUAAGACUGCUUUUGUUUGUUUUCUCAGUCAUGACAUGAUCAUUAACAUGUCUUAAAUGUGUCUCUGAAGGAAUAAAUUGAAAGAAACCCAAA